AUGUCUGACUACUACAGCGACGACUCGUUUGAUGACGAGUUAUCCACACCUGGCGCAGGUCCGUCAUGCUCCCAACCCUAUGUCGACGAGACACACGGUGAGAGCGAUCACAUAGACGAGUCGGACGAGGACGUUCACCUUCCUCGGGUCAGGGGGGCUUCUAUACAGCCAUGGCCUUACGCCUAUAUCGCCCACGGUGGACACCAUAGCCCUUAUGCGCCACUCACACAUCCCUCGCUCCCUGAAACCAAUCUUGAGGUUCCAGCCUCCUUCGCGCAACGCGCGCCCGCCCGGGCCGUCCAAUGGGACGACGACAACCAGAUGGCGUGCCCGUGGCCAUUCCCGGUUCCACUUCCCGCCACACACACUUACACGGAGGCGGCCACACGCCACAUCCCUACAUCUACCUUCCCGACACUGGCGCAUCCUAUCGAGGUCGAGGAACGCCCUCUAAUGCGCUGCGCUGCGCCCUUCUCCUCACUAUUAGGCGCCGUCUAUCCGAUCCAGGGUCCGUGGAGAGACAUGGCACGGGAGAUCGUGGAAGCGCCGCGCGACAUCGUCCUUCGGGUGUUGGCCGAGGUCCCUCCGCGGAUGCCCGUCGAGGAGGUCCCGAAGCCCGCCCCAGAGCUGCCGCCGUCACCAGAAACCGCCUCGGUGCCAGUGCCGCAGGAGCACUACGUAGAUAUGGAGGAGGGGCCGAGGCGGAAGAAGGCGAGGAACGAGAAGGGAAGUGAAGGGGAGGGGGAGGGCCAGGGAGAAAGCCAGGGAGGGAACGGCGCGAAGGCGGAGAGGCGCAUAGUCAGGAGGCCGCGCAUGCCCCCGAUCGCGGGGUGUGGGCUGUUUUCAGUCAGGCUGCCGAGCCACUAUGCGGCGAGAGGGAGAGAGAUGGUGGGGGUGCAAAGCCAGAUCCAUGUGGUCCAUCCACAGGCGCACAGCAGCGCCCUCAAACAGAAUACAAAUACAUCGACGACGUCCACCCACAGGGUGGAGAUCCCCAUAGGUGAGCCAGUCCCCGAGACUGUACUGCAGUCCAUCGAAGGGCCCUCGACGGCGACACCUGGGGAGGAACAGAGAGGCGCGCGAAAGCGCAAGAGGGCUGACCCUCAUAUCUGCGACGGCCCCGACGGGUGUAGCAAGCGGCUGUCGUGCCCGUACGACAUGCCCCGACACAAGGCGACUCUGCGCCAUGAAGGAGUGCGCAGGUUUCCAUGCGACGACUACAAAGUCCCAUUCGUGCGCAAAGAUGAAGUGCUUCGCCACAAGCGGGAUCACUGCCCGAACAGGGCCAGGACAGAUAACGGCAAGGAUGGUCCCUCGCAGGGCCCGAGAGACGAUGGUUCAGGGGGCGGCGGAGGGGGCAUGGGGGUCAUGGGGAAUGGUCUGCUCAGCGGAUAG